AUGACAAACAGUGAGGGAAGUCGCGCUUCACAGAGGAGAAUGGUUGAGGGUGAAUCAAGCAAUGCAAGGGAAAGAAGGCUUAAGAUGCAAGCCGAUUUGGAGAGGAUGACUCAAAGGAUGGAAGAGUCUGAUGCAGAGGAUGAGAGUGAACAAGGGGAGUUUGAGAUUGGAGUGAACCUUGUUCAAGAGGAGGGAAAUGGUUCUCCAAAUGAAGAAGGAAGUGAUGAGACUGAGAGUGAAGAGGAAGGAAGAGAGGUGAAUCAGUUGGUUGAUGAAGUGAGCAAGAGUAACCAAGAUGAACCUAUGGAGGAGUUGAGCCACAAGAGCAGAAGAGGAGGAGGAAGAACUCCCUAUGUACCAAGAGCACUACAAUGCCCUUUCUCCAUGGACUUCAUGGAUACCAAGUACCCACAUGUUGACACAAUGAAGGCCCUUGGAAUCUUUGAGGAUGUGGAGCUAGUUCUCAAGAACAUGCACUUGGCCAAGCUUUUCUCUUAUCACAUGGAAUCCUACAAGGAGCUCACUUGCGAGUUCUUAGCUUCAAUGAGGUACCACAUGUAUGAAGAGGAAGAUAGAGCUGAUUUGGACCAAGGAUUGGGAUGGAUCACGUUCUUGGCUAAGGGAGAGAAGAGAAUGGUGACCUUUAGGCAGCUGGAAAUCUUGUUUGGGUUCAACUAUGGAGAGGGUACCAAGUGGAACUUCAAGGAAAAGGAACUCCAAAGGGUUUGGGCUACAAUCGCUGAUGGAGUGUACUCUUCCUCAAGGUCCAAGGCAGCUCAGAUCAGGAGCCCAGUCUUGAGAUCACAGCCUACAACACUAGACAUCAACGAGGGAAGGCGCCUAAGUGUUGGAGGGCUCAUCACUCCUAUCUUGUGUGCUGCUGGAGUGAACCCAACUGAUAGAGAGCCACUGAACCAGGUUGGAUGGACAUCAAGUUUUGCAAGACCAACCUUCUCAUUGAGCACAAGGAGUUGGAUGGGAGGUUCCAAUUCAAGUUCACACAUCCAUUGGCUGGACCCUCCAAGUUCUCCUGCCCAACCCAGAGCUCACCACAGUAGUAGGGGUGAGAACAUUGACUUCAGACCCCCUGUGUACACAUUAGUUGGGCAUGAGGAUGAUUUGCGAGAAGAGGAGCCUGAGCUCGAUCGAGCUGAGUCUCGAGCUGAGGAUCGAGCUGAAGAUCAGGCCAGGAGAGUGCGGAUUUGGGUGAGCCUGAGUGCUAUUACUUUGAGGAGUAUGAGGCUCCAAGGAUGA